CUGCACUACGGGACCCUCCUGGGCAGCAGAGCUUGUGCCCACAUGGCAGCAGCUGCCUGGGCCAGUGGUCUUCUCUAUGCUCUCAUGCAAACAGCCAAUACAUUUUCCCUGCCCCUGUGCCAUGGCAAUGCCCUGGACCAGUUCUUCUGUGAAAUCCCACACAUUCUCAAGCUCUCUUGCUCCAGAUACUACCUCAGGGAACUUGGGCUCAUUGUGGUUGGUGCAUCCUUAGGUUUUGGUUGUUUUGUGUUCAUGGUUUUCUCCUAUGUGCAGAUCUUCAGGGCUGUGCUGAGGAUCCCCUCUGAGCAGGGACGGCACAAAGCCUUUUCCACCUGCCUCCCUCACCUGGCUGUCGUCGCCCUGUUCAUCAGCACCUCAUUUUUUGCCUACCUGAAGCCCCCUUCCAUCUCCUCCCCCUCCAUGGAUGUGGCCCUGUCAGUUAUGUACUCGGUGAUGCCUCCAGACUUCCUUGAGAUGAGAGGUGACCACUAG